UAACAAAGGGAAAAUCAUGUAUUCUUUUUGUUCAAUGUUAUGGAAAUAAAUCUGAAAACUUGAGUGACAUGUUGAACUCAACUUGAGUUACUCCCUUGAAAAAUAUAACGUAUCAAAAAAGAAAAAGUAUAACAUCAAAUCAAGCUUUAUUUUCACAGAAAAAUGGAUAAAGUUGUAAAAGGGUUACCACUGAAGCCCGUAUUUCUCACAUACCUGUACUACUGUUGUUGCAGAAGGAACUGGAAAAUGACACACAGAGAUGCACAAGUGGGCGAAAGAAAAGCAUUUACUUUACUAGCAAAGGAUCGGCCUGCACCAAGAGCUGUGCGAAAUGACAGACCCUGGGCUGGGGGACAAUCUGUCUUUUAUAGGAGUCUUGUGAUCAUGACCUCAUUUUAGGUGAUAAGACAGAUUAGUUCCCACAGUUCCCAUCACGAAACAUGGUCACAGGACAGUUCAAUGCUAACCCAAAUCUAGCAAUUUCUUUCAGGAUGUUUAUCUUUAGCUAUUCCAGCCCACAAGGUGGGAGUCAGGGUUAAGAAAGCAAGGACUGGUGACAUUCCUUUCAUCUUAUCACCUUUAUAGUCAUGAUUUACAGAGUUUUAUGGCUCAGGGACUGUUAUCUGAGCUUGAACAUUUGGUUUCAUCCUGGGAUGUGGCUAAGCACCUCUGGCACUUGCUAAUUUUAAACCUGGGCUACGUGCCUCUAAGCUUCACUGUUGAAACCUCAGGCAUUUUGUUAAACAAGCAAAGCAAAGCAAAUUACAGAAGCAAAAGAUAGUGGUUAUUUUAUAUUUUCUUUAACAUUUUGCGGAUUCCAGAAUAUUUACAGAAGUUCUGUCUCUCACUAUUAGCGAUGUUCGCAGGUAACUACUAACCACUCCUCAAGUGAUGUAACACAACUGUAUGAUGUAUUCUGCCCAGCACCUAAUGAUGAAAAGCUCUUUUUUUUUUAUUGGUUAGCAGUCUGAGAAAGUUUCCAAUCCGAGGAGGCCAAGAGUUAUUUAUACUCACAAUAAGUAGCUUUUGGGCUGAGUUGUGCAGAGACAAGCUCCACUCUAAGAAGCUGAUUUAUUUUACUGUGUUAUCCUUUCCCCUUCAGAAUGGGUUCUGGUUGGGUGGGCUGGGUGCUGGUUCCACUAGUGAGUCUGACCAGGCUGGAGUCCUCCACGACAGAAGGCAGAGAAUCUCCAGAAGAUUUUGUGAUUCAGGCAAAGGCUGACUGUUACUUCACGAAUGGGACGGAAAAGGUGCAGUUCGUGGUCAGGUUCAUCUUCAACCUGGAGGAGUUCGUACGAUUCGACAGCGACGUGGGGGUGUUCGUGGCCCUGACGGAGCUGGGCAAGCCCGACGCCGAGCAGUGGAACAAUCGGCCCGACAUCCUGGAGACGAGCAGGGCGUCCGUGGACAUGGUCUGCAGACGCAACUACAGGCUGGGAGCUCCCUUCACCCUGGGGAGGAGAGUGGAACCACUGGUGACAGUGUACCCAGAGAGGACCCCGUUCCCACAGCAGCACAACCUGCUGCUCUGCUCGGUGACAGGCUUCUAUCCAGGGGACAUAAAGAUCCAGUGGUUCCGAAACGGACAGGAGGAGAGAGCUGGGGUUGUGUCCAGUGGCCUUAUCAGGAAUGGAGACUGGACAUUCCAGACUGCGGUGAUGCUGGAGAUGACCCCUGAACUCGGGGAUGUCUACAGCUGCCGCGUUGAGCACUCCAGCCUGCUGAGCCCUGUCGCUGUGGAGUGGAGAGCUCAGUCCGAAUAUUGUUGGGGGAAGAUGCUAAGUGGAGUUGCAGCCUCCCUGCUUGGGUUAAUCUUCCUUCUGCUGGGAUUUUUCAUCCACUUCCGGGCUUGGAAAGGAUCUGUGGAGACUCGGUCUGACAAUGAGGUGUCAGGAGCUGUUUGCCCAACACAAGCACACUGAGGUCCUCCUUGAAGCUCUUCCCUGGAUCCUGAAGUAGUGCUCAGCGGCCUGGCCCCUGGGUUAGGUAAAGGACACUCAAGAGCUUAUUGUUCUGGGACGGAGCCUGGUCCAUCACACGUGGGGUCCUGAACUAACCCUACAGUGUGUGCUGUGAGGUCAUGCACCUCCCCACUUUCUGCCCUUCCUCCUCUACCUGUGUACUGCAUGAGUUGCCAUUUCCAACACACUGUCCGGAAAUUUCCCUAACGCUUAACUCCUUUCACUUCCAAACUGUUUACUUUUCUAUAGCCGGACCUAACCCGCUGGGUCAUGAUCCCUAAACCCUUUUCUCUUCCGGCUGCAGUCUCCACAGUCUUCAGAAGACAAAUGCCCACACAUCGCUUUCCUUUUCACUGCUUAAAAAUCUUUUUAUUAUAAAAUAAAGCAGAUACGGACAACCACAUAAAAUGUAUGAUUAAUGGACUAUUUAGAGAAAAACUCCUGUAAUCACCACUCAAAUCAAAUAAAACAAUUUUGCCAGCUCUUCAGAAAUCCUCUUGUGUCUGAGGCUAAUUAAGUCCUCCGCUCCCAUCAAGAGUAAACAUACGCUAUGCUUACUAUAGCCUUUCUCUUGUAGCUACUUAUAGCUAAUUCACCCAACUGUGACUCCUCGAUGCCGUACUUUGUUUUCUGUUUUCUCUUGUUAGACUUCACAAGUUCUCCCUCCAUUCCUUUUUUCUCAUUAAGAAUAAUCUGCUGCCUGAGCUACUUGACCUGAAGUAUUUCCCUCACUCUGGAUUGUGGUGGCUGCAUACAUGUGCUGCGGGUUAACCUGCCCCUUUGCCCUCUGCACUUCUCUAAAAUUAACAUUGGUUACAGAGGCUGGAUCAGACCUUGGUCUGAUCUGCUUGGAAGUCUAUGGCUAGCUGUGUGGUCUUCCUCAGAAGAUGCGUUAUGCCCACUUGUUCUCUUUUUGUGAUGUUAGAGCAGGUGAUGGUGAUUGCCUGGGUCUGUGAAUUUAUUGGGGAUUGGAAAACGGUGACAUUUACAUUCUACAAUUCCUUCAGUGUUUAUUUAUCAUAUAUUAUUUGUUCUUUUCACUGUUAUUUGUCUUAAAGGUACAAGAUUUAUAGUGGCUAAGAUUGCUGGUGCCUUAGUACAAAUUGAAGCAAUAAUACCAAAUGGUACAGAGAGUCAAUUAUAUUCUUCACUGCUGUGAAGUGUCUUAACAGAGAAGAUAAUCCAAAAAGUCAAAAAGACUGUUAAACUUUUCUUCCUUUCAAUUACAUAUUUGAGUACAGCCAGAUUUUCUUCAUGUUCUUCAACCAAAACCACAUAUUGUUACAGAUUGGACAGAAGAGAAUGUGUAACCAGACUACAUUUAUUAAGCCAGACACUAGAGAGAUUUUUAGAAAUGCCAAACAAUUCCUUCUCUUUCACUAUUCUGUGCUGAAAACAGUUAUUUUUCAAGCAAUAUAUGGUG